AUGGCGGAGAGUUGUAAGUAUUUAAAAGAAAUGUCGUACGCUCUUGUGAACGAUCCGGAUAACAAGGAGAGUAUAGUAGAAAACACAUUAAAAGGGAUUGAAGGUGAUGAAGUCUUGUUAUUGACGCACCCAAGAGGGUCACUGUUGUUUGAGAAAUUUAUACCCUAUUUUACUAAAGACCAAAUCAAUGCACUUUUUGGGAACAUUCGCGAGAAACUGAUAGAGAUAAUAGUCGACUCAUACGCUUCACGUGUUUUAGAGGACUUGUACAAACACUAUGAGGUCUUACUUCCAAGUAUUGCGCACGACGAAAUAACGAAGGUGUUGGGAAUAGUGACCGACCCAUUUCUGGAAAAGGACGUGAACCUCUCGCAAAUUUUCGAAGCGUCCACGGGGGCACAUGCAUUUGCGGCGUUACUCCGCAUGAUCAGACCGUACUCUUCAGAUGUCAAAAACUUCAUCAAUAAAGUGACUGAUUGUGUGUUACCGGAAGGCAGUAAAGAAAUUGCGGUUGAAGAGAUUCCAAUAGCGAUUGAGUUAAUGAAGAUACCUGAAUCGAGGAUUCGAAGCGUCUUACUCCCAGUAAUAGCGAAUAAGGUACCAAUAACUGAUAAGGACUGGUCGAUAUUGGUCGAAGGUGCAUUGACUGUAAUGGACCAAGCGACGUUACAGACGUUUGGAGAGAAGCAAAUCACUGAGGAGAAUGUAGUCGACCCCGUUGGGAAUCAUGUUGUACAAAAGUAUUUAGAAAUAUCGGAGAACCCUAAAAAGGCGUUACAAGUGUGUUACAAAUGUAUCGCAGAAAUAGUGAAAAAUAGGUAUCACAUGUUAUUAGUCCAAAUGCUGAAAGCGUCACAGAAGUGUGAUAAAACUGUACGACAAGAGUUGGUUGAGAGAAUAGAAGGGGAGAUCUGUGGGAGAGGAAAUGUGUUUGAAGAAGGCCGGAAAGAGUGGAUGAAGAACCAGAAGAAUUUUAUCGACUAUGGCUUCUCCGUGGUCUUUCAAGAAAUUUUUGUGACACCGUGUAAAGCUUCACAGAGUGUCGUACAGAAAUUCACCGAUUUAAAAAUAGAAACCAUGUUGAAAUAUUUCUGCGAUCCGAUGGGGAGUCGAUUAAGUGAGGCUUAUAUCUCCGUAUUACCGAGAAAUACCGUCGGUGAAUUAUUGAAGACUUUAUCGGGGAGGUUGAGAGAAAUCGCCUGUAACAAAAGUGGGUCGCAUAUCGUGGAUAAGAUAUUUGAGAAGUGUGACAUUAAAGACAAAGAGGCGAUGGUCAAAGAAUAUAUGGUGGACUACUCUGUGAUGGAAAAGGAUUUCUUUGGACGAAAGGUACUUAUUAAUGCAAAAGUAACGGAUUAUAGGACAGAUGCGUCGAAGUGGAAGUCUCGAAUUAAUGUUAAGGAAAAGUUUAAGAAGGAAUUUUCUAAGUGA